AUGCGGUUCGGCGUUUUUGGCAUUGGGAGUACACAGUAUCCGAGGUGCGGCUGGGCAUGUAUGCGUGCUGGCUCACGUGCGCAGGUACAACUGGUCGGCGAAGAAGCUGGAGCGGCGGCUGGCGCAACUCGGUGCACGUGCACUCUGUGCCCGCGGAGAGGCGGACGAGCAGAGCGCAGAGGGGUAGGGGUCUGGGCGGCACUCGAACGGUGGUCGGAGGGGCUCUGGGCAGCACUCGAGGCAGCGCAUCCGCUGCCACCCGGGCUGGAGAGGCUCUCGGAGGACGAGCUCCUGCCAGCGUCGUUCUCGGUGGCCGUAUCGGUGGCCGCAGGCGGGCCAGGCGUCGAGGUGCCGAUAAGGGUUAGGGGGAGGGUUAGGGCCAGGGUGUUGAGAAACGCGCGCAUUACAGCAGAGGAGCACUGGCAGGAGGUGCGGCACGUGGUGCUGGGCGUCGACGGGGCGGUCGAGUACCGCCCGGGGGAUCGGGUGGUGCUGUACCCAAAGAACCCGGAAAGGGAAGUGAGUGUGCUACUGGAGUGUAUGGGGUGGGCGGGGAUAGCGGACGCGCCGCUCAGCAUAAUCAGCAGGGAGCGGCAGGGGGAGUGGGGAGUGUGGGGAGAAGGGGGAGAGGGGAGGACGACGUUACGGCACCUUUUCACGGAAGUGCUGGACUUUAUGUCAGUGCCGCGGCGGACGUUUUUCGAGUUUUUAGCGCACUUCACGGAGAAUCGGGCGUUUGCAGAGAAGAUGCGGCACUUCUGCACGCAGGAGGGGCAGGAGGAUAUGUACAGCUAUGCAGGAUGGCCAAGGAGGACGAUUCUGGAGGUGAUUCAGGACUUUUGGCCGGUAAAUGUUCCUCUGGACUAUAUAUUUGAUGUGUUUCCGGUGAUGCGUGGGCGAAAAUUUUCGAUUGCAAGCAGUUGGAGGGUGAAUCCGGGGCGGAUCGACCUGUGUGUAGCAAUUGUUAAAUACAAGACGGUUUUGAGGGGAUUUAGAUAUGGGGUCUGCACAAGAUGGGUAUCUGUUCUUUCGGAGGGCAUGGAAAUAGGGAUAGAUGUUUUACCAGGUGUGUUAAGAAAGACGGGGUCGCCGAUGGUUCCGAUUGUCCUGGUGGGGCCGGGGACGGGUGUUUCACCGCUACGCUCCUUGAUCCAGGAGCGUAUUUUUGAAGGAAGUAAAGAUAAUGUAUUGUUUUUUGGGUGUCGAUCGAAGGACAAGGAUUUCUUGUUUAGAGAUGAAUGGAUGGGGUAUUGCAGUAGCGGGAAUCUGAUUUUGUUGACAGCGUUUUCAAGAGACCAGGACGAGAAAAAAUAUGUUCAGCACAUUAUGGAAGAGCAUUCGAAGAUUGUAUAUGACUAUUUAUAUAAUAAACAGGGUAUUUUGUAUUUGUCAGGAAACUCCCGUUUUAUGCCGGAGGUCGUUAAACAAGCAUUUCUUAAUAUUUUGAUGAAAGAAGGGAAUUUUACUUUUGAGCAAUCUAAGGCAUGUCUUUUGGCAAUGGAGAAAGGGGGUCGAUAUAUGCAAGAAACAUGGUCAUAGAAUUUUGUAUUGGUGUUAGAGUAUUAGAAAACUAUGCAUG